CAUGGAAAAAAGCAGUGUGUUGCAUUUGAAGACAUUGGAGGAUGAGGAUAUAUGCGUGGUUGGGGAUGGAAAAGAGAGUUUGACACUGGGCGAACAUGAGCAUGGAACCAAUUUUCUUCUGCACUGCAUCAUAUGAUUGUUCGUAUUGUUGGUCGGCGAUCUGCUCGGGUGUUUUUUUCCUACUCUUGCUAUUUUCGUGUAUGUAUAUCGCUGGGAAUACCUUUCUUAUACAUAAUUUUCUCCUCUAUCCUGCCCUUUUCGAUAUGAACAGAUUGAUCUUGAAUCAACAGGGUACACGACAGGUUGACAUUGAAGCUGAAAGAAAUACCGUACAGUACCGUACAAUUCAAUCACCAACAGAUCACGCCCACCUAGGACCUACGGCGCAAAGACAAGCAGAGUAGGAAUCGGGACUACAGGAGAAGAGACAAAUGGAUGCAAAAUAUACAAUUGAUAACCAACUGAGCUGAGACAUACUUGAGGAUUGAUAACACACGGAAACCACCUCCCCCGAGACAAAACUAUGGCCUAUAUCUAUCG